UCAGCGCCGAAUCGCCUAAGUUCUCAAGCGGCAUGGCGCCAGUAUGACGAAAGCACUUCAAGCCUCGCGCGCCAUAGCGAAAGAAAGCCUCGGCGACGGUGACGCGAUGGGAACCCUCGUCUUCGGACCGCACACUUGUCUUGCGAGGUGCCUUCCUCCGCCUCGGAGUCCCCGUCGACGCGGUGUAUUCGGCGCAGCCUCCAAGGCCCUCGGGGACAAAAAAAAAAUCGCUCCCUCGAAAUAACAGCCCCAACACCGACGUCGCGGGCUUGGCACGGAACGGGAGCAGGCUGCCUGCCGCGCAACCUUUAGAGACACGUGCCUUUGCCUAACUCAUUUGCCAGCUGAAACCGUCGCGGGAGACAAGAUGGCACCCAGCGUGGAAGGGCAAGCUUCGAGCGGGCCCUGCGAGUCCCUUCCGCCGCUCGUGGUGGUGAUCGGCGCCGGGAGCAGCGGACUGCCCACCGUCAAGUCGUGCCUCGAGGAAGGGCUCCGCGUCGUGUGCCUGGAGCGCACGGGCGCCGUGGGCGGCCUGUGGCGCUACACCGACGAGCCCGUGGAAGGGUGCGGCAGCGUGGCGCGCAACACGAUGCUCAACAGCUCCAAGGAGUUCUCGGCCUACAGCGACUUCCCGCCGCACGCCGACAGCCCGAAUUUCAUGCACCACUCCGGCAUGCUGGAAUACCUCACGCGAUACAGCAAGCACUUCGACCUGGAUUCGCACAUCCGUUUCAACCACGUGGUGGAGUCCGUGCGGCGAACGUCGGCGGAUGGAGUCGACAAGACUGACGGCGUUGGCGACAGCGGAGAGCGUCGCUGGACAGUGUCCGGCCGGAAGGCGACCACGGGUGAGGACUUCACGCUCCACGCUGACGCCGUGGUCGUGUGCAGCGGCCACCACGCGGUGCCCAACUGGCCCGAUCUGCCGGGCCUCCGAGACACGUUCCGCGGCCGCGUCGUGCACGCGCACGAAUACCGGAAGGCGUCCAUGUUCGAGGACCGCCGCGUCCUGGUGGUGGGCAUGGGAAACUCUGGCGGGGACAUCGCCGUCGAGCUGAGCUACGUCUGCCCACAGGUGUACAUGAGCACUCGUCGGGGCACCUGGGUGGCCCCUCGUUUGGCGCCGGGUGGCCUUCCCAUGGACGUCACCAUGUGCACCAGGGCUAAGAACACUGCUCGCUCGCUGCUGCCGUUCGACCUCGGAGCUCGAGCCUUCGAGCGGGUCCUCAACGGCCACUUCGACCACAAGAUGUACGGCCUGAAGCCGGCGCACCACGCCACGAAUCAGCAGCUCUUCGUCAACGACGUCCUCCCUUCCCGGAUUCUCACCGGAACGGUGCAGAUUCGAGGCAGCGUGGCUCGGCUGGGCCCGGAUUACGCCGAGUUCCACGACGGCUCGCGCGCGGUCAUCGACGACGUCAUCGUAGCGACGGGAUACUUGAAGCACUACCCGUUCCUGCCGCCCGAGGUAGCUCCAUACGUGCGCGAGGAGCACGUCGAGCUCUACAAGUUCAUCUUCCCCGUGGGGGAGCCGAGCCUCGCAUUCGUGGGCCUGGUGGAUCCCAUCGGUGGGUUCUGGCCCGUGGCCGAGAUGCAGGCCCGCUGCGUGGCCCGAGUGCUCGCCGGCAAGCUACCGCUGCCCGACGCGGAGAGACAGAGGAAAGAGGCGGCACGCAGGGCGUCCGCCUUGGCCGUCGACAGCGCACGCUACGCCGUGCAGGUUCACUGGAUCGCGUACAUGGACGAACUGGCAAGUCUGCUCGGAGUGAAGCCCAACCUGAGCCGUUUGGCGAUCACCGACCCGGUGCUGUACCGCCGGUGCGUGUUCGGGCCCUGCCUGCCUUACCAGUUCCGCCUUGAGGGGCCCCACUCGUGGGAAGGUGCUCGCCAGGCCAUUCUCGAUUCUCCCGAUCGUGUCGCCUCGGUUCUGACUCCCCUCACGGCGCCACAGGACACGCGCCUGCGCAGAGCCACCGCUGGAGCCAUCGACGUAGUGGCCACCUGCACUGUCAUGAUCGUUAUAGCUUAUGUGCUAUCGUUAGCCAUAUGAAAGGAUGUACCAGGACAUGUGUGCUUGCACUGACUAAUGCAAGUGGAGAGUGUCGAGCUGUGAGCGGAUAUUGCCUCGUGUAAGGCGAUGGCGCCAAUUUCUCCGCCAGCGUGGCAACCGAAUGAAUGUGAGAGGUGCUGCUCACCACAAGAGAGCCUUCAAGUUGGACGUGGUGAUUUCGCACCACGACUUACGAGAGCUGUCAAAUGCAUGGAUGCUGUUUUUUCUCCUCCAAUGAUGUUCUUCUGCAGUGGUUUUGCAGGGACUCGUGCUGUGUGUGCCACACCGGGAGUACUAGCCCAGUCAUACGCAACAGUGCCGUACUUUUUUUUAUUCGUUUAGUGCCAAUACUAUGGAGUUUCUCCGUUUAAGAAAUUCUGAUGACUGGUGGAUUUCAUCUUCAAUGGCAUAAUAUAACGUGUCUCGACACAAAA